ACCCUCUGUGUCUCUAUCUUUUUCGCUCUGUAAAUCUCUCUAAUCUCUUCCUCUAGAGAUCCCUCUGUUACAUAAUCUCAAUAACAAUGGAAGCUACAGCUUUAACGAAUCACAUAAUCUCAGCAUUCUCCUCACAUUCAUCCCAAAAUUCUCUAAAUCAUAAUUUCUUAUUACCUACUACUACUACUUCACUCAAAAAUCACAAGAGAAUUUUAUCUUCUAAACUUUCAAUCUCCAACCCUAGAUCUCAAUCCAAUAGAACCGUUACUGUUUGUGUUGCUUCUGUUAAUGGAGAAGUUGAAGAGACUGUCAAAGAUGUUGUUCCAAUCGAAAAGCAAUUUCCUGCAUACCCAACUGUGAUGGAUAUUAACAAGAUUCGUGAGAUUCUACCUCAUAGGUUUCCAUUUCUAUUGGUAGAUAGAGUGAUUGAAUACAAUGCUGGAGUAUCAGCUGUUGCAAUUAAGAAUGUAACAAUCAAUGAUAAUUUCUUUCCUGGACAUUUCCCAGAAAGACCAAUUAUGCCUGGAGUUCUCAUGGUUGAGGCCAUGGCACAGGUUGGAGGCUUGGUGAUGCUACAACCAGAAGUUGGUGGGUCACGCGAAAACUUCUUCUUUGCUGGAAUUGACAAAGUGAGGUUCAGGAAACCUGUGAUUGCAGGGGAUACAUUGGUUAUGAGGAUGACCCUCAUUAAACUACAAAAACGUUUUGGAAUAGCAAAGAUGGAAGGAAAGGCAUAUGUUGGGGGUGAGGUAGUAUGUGAGGGCGAAUUCUUGAUGGCAACUGGCACUAGUGAAUGAUGUUGCUGCUGCUAGGGAUGCCUUCAGUUGUAAACCUUUCUCAAUCUGGAUCAGAUAAGAGGUAAAAGAGUUUAAGUCAUUCAGAGAUUAUGUCUUCAUGGUUCUAGAUAAAUUAUCGCUUGGUUUUGUGUUUGGACCUCUUAGUGCAGAAUAUUAUCUUUCUCAGUUUUUUGGUAGGAAUGAGCUUUGUCAGAUUAUAACACCAUUCAAGAAUGAUGAGCAUAAUUUAAUUGUUCACCCAUGCCGGCUUAUACGAUUCUGAACUAGGUAUAUUUAGGGACAUUCUCAGAGUAAAACUUGGUAUGUGCCAGAUGUAUAUUAGUUGUUGUAAUCUCACAGUCUAUGCUUAAAUCAAUGAAGUUUAAGUAGUGACCAUGUCAGAACCAAAGGAAAUUAACGAAUACAAUCCAUGCACUUAAA